AUGAGAGAUGAAAUUGCAACAACAGUUUUCUUUGUCACGAGGCUGGUGAAAAAGCAUGAUAAACUGAGUAAACAACAAAUAGAAAACUUCGCAGAAAAGCUGAUGACUGUCUUGUUUGAAACAUACAGAAGCCACUGGCACUCUGACUGCCCUUCUAAAGGGCAGGCCUUCAGGUGUAUCAGGAUAAACAAUCAGAAUAAAGAUCCCAUUCUACAGAGGGCUUGUGCUGAAAGCAAUGUGGAUUUUUCUCACCUGGGACUUCCGAAGGAGAUGACCAUAUGGGUAGAUCCCUUUGAAGUUUGCUGUAGGUAUGGUGAGAAAAACCAUCCAUUCACAGUUGCUUCUUUCAAAGGCAGAUGGGAGGAGUGGGAGCUCUCCCGACAAAUCCAUGAUGUUGUCAGCAGAGCCUCACUAGACUACUCCUCUGGUAUUUCCUCUGAUGAAGAAAGUUAUAGCAGAGCACCUCGGAUAAUUCCUAAAGUCAGCAACCCAAGGAGUGUUUAUCAGAUUGAAAACUUGAACCGGCCCUUUCCGUCUUGGCUCCAAAUCCUCCCCAAAAAGCACCCGGCCUCCUUCUCCACUCAGGGCAGCUCCUUCCCCCUCGAGGCAGCUCCAUCGGGGANUGGCAGCUCCUUGCCCCCUUGA